ACUAUCCUGAUAAGCAGCAUGGGCAUCAGAGUAGCUGUGAGCUGCACUGUGUUGUAUACCCUACUGGAUGUGGUUGUCACCACUGUCAUAUACACAAACGGAUCACACUUGAGCAUAUUCAAAAAGGAUGCCCUGAACUUUAACAUCCUCCAGUCAGCAUUGGACCUCUGGGGGACUGUGCUGCUCAGAGCCUCCCUCCUGCUAGGUGCCUCCAUAGGGGUGUCAUGGAAUAGAAAAGACGGCCCACCGAGGGUCACAAAACUCACCACCCUCAUUGUCCUCCCCUGCCUGAUCGUCGCCACCUACGCCCUGGCCAAGAUGCUGAUGCUGAGCGAGCUGCGGCCUCUGAGCCACCAGCCCUGGAUCCUGAGCCUGAUAUGUUGGACAUGUGCCUCUUCUCUGGUUGUCCUGCUGCUCUGGAGACUGCUGGGGAAGGAGUCCAACUUGGCCAGCAGUCACUACAACAGCAGCAGCAGCAGCAGCAGUGGAGGAGAAGGGGACACUGACAAGCUGGUGGAGACAGCUGGUGAGGAGGAGCAAGAGGUGGGGUUUGAGAGGAGGAAGAAGGAAAAAGAGGAGGAGGAGGGAAGCCAGGAGAAGGAGAAGACCAGCUCUGGGGCUACACUGGGAUGUCUGCUGCUCUACUGCAGAAAGGAUGGUGGGCUGCUGUCUGUAGCCGUCCUCUUUCUCAUCAUCUCAGCUGUGUGUGAGGCCUUCAUACCGUACUACUAUGGGAAAGCAAUUGAUAGCAUUGUGGAUGACCAGAGCAUGGAGCACUUCGCUAAGCCUGUGAUCACACUGUCAGUGCUGGCCUUUGCCAGUUCCCUUGGAAUGGGAGUACAUGGAGGAGUCUUCACUCUGACGAUAGCUAAAUUAAACCUUCGGCUUAGGAACCAUCUCUUCAGAACUCUGAUGAGGCAGGAAAUUGGCUUUUUUGACGAAAACCAUACAGGUGACAUCAUUUCACGUCUGUCAGCUGACACCACCCAGAUGAGUGACCUCCUUUCCCUGAAUAUCAACAUCUUCCUACAAAGCACCAUCAAGGGCAUUGGCAUCUUCAUCUUCAUGUUUGGGAUGUCCUGGAAGCUCACACUGGUGGCCAUCGUGGGAUUUCCUUUCAUUGCCAUUGUCUCUGAACUUUAUGGCAAUUACUACAAGAAAUUGACCAAAGAGGUGCAAACAAUCCUUGCAGAUGCCAAUAAAGUUGCAGAGGAAACCAUUUCAUCCAUGAGGACAGUACGGAGCUUUGCCAACGAAUGUGGGGAGGCCGAGUCCUACUAUGGCAAGCUUUUGGUCAUGUUCCAGCUCAACAAAAAACAAGCCCUGGCCUAUGCUGGCUACAUGUGGUCCAGUAAUAUCUCAGAGCUUGCUUUAGAGGUUGUUAUCCUCUACUAUGGCGGCCACCUUGUAAUAACCGGUCAGAUGAGUAGUGGUGCCUUGAUAUCUUUUUUCAUAUACAUGCUCGAACAGGGAGAAUGUCUUCAGAAUAUUGCAUCGGUGUACACGGGCCUCAUGCAGGGAGUUGGAGCUGCUGAGAAGGUGUUUGAGUACCUGGACAGGAAACCCAAACACCCAGCUGAUGGCACAGAGGCUCCAGACACAUGCACCGGUGUGGUGGAAUUUAAAGACAUCAAGUUUGCCUAUCCAACACGCCCUGAGACUGAAAUUCUCAAGGGAGUGUCAUUCACUUUGCGGCCUGGGGAGGUGACCGCCCUCGUGGGUCCUUCAGGCAGUGGAAAGAGCUCCUGCGUGAGUCUGCUGGAAAACUUCUACCUUCCUCAGCAAGGCCAAGUGCUGCUGGAUGGAAAGCCCAUUCACACCUUCCAGCACGACUACCUCCACUCCAAGGUAGCUCUUGUUGGCCAAGAGCCUGUGCUGUUUGCCCGGACGGUCGAGGAGAACAUCACCUAUGGCCUGACUGACGUCCCAAUGGAGACUGUGGUGCAGGCUGCCAUCGAGGCGAAUGCUCACGAUUUUAUCACCUCCCUCCCUACAGGCUAUGGAACAAGUGUUGGAGAGAAAGGCACCCAGUUGUCAGGGGGGCAGAAACAAAGGGUGGCCAUUGCAAGAGCUCUCAUCCGCAACCCUCGUGUUCUUAUCCUGGACGAGGCGACCAGCGCCCUAGAUGCAGAGAGUGAACACAUUGUUCAGAAGGCUCUAAACAACAUCAUGCAGGAGCGCACGGUGUUGGUGAUCGCCCAUCGGCUCAGCACUGUGGAGAAGGCAGACAACAUCAUUGUGAUGGACAGGGGCCAUGUGGCUGAACAGGGGUCUCACAGUCAGCUGAUGGCCAGUGGGGGGCUAUACUACAAGCUGGUGCAGAGGCAGGUCCUGGGCAUUGAGACAGGGGUGGAGGUCCUCAACACAUCCGAAAAACUCAGCUAGAAGUCUGAUGGUGGAAGGCAGCGGAGAAGGCAAAGCAGCAGUGGCAGUGGCAGUGAGUCUGAACACAAUUUGCGCUACUGAGAAUGAACUGCAGGGUGUGGUAAUGGGAUUGGACUGUUGGAAGGGUUGAUUAUUUCUGGAUAUUCUGGGAUUCAAACCAUAUGUACUGUAGAAA